CUCUUGAUUCGCAUGGCACAAUCAAACCAGUUGAGAAGUAAAGUGACUGAAAAGCAAUUGAUUGAUCUUUUGGGUCAAUUAAACCAACAAGAUUCCAGUUCAAACCAAACCCGUAUUGUGUAUAAUCGCAGACAAUAUGAUGAUUCGGACGAUGAUUAUGAUUUGUAACACAAACCAAGAGAUUCACUUGGCAUUUUUCUUGAAAAUAAAAUUUUCUUUUCUUUAUGCCUACACUUGUAGAAAACUAUCAAACACCUCAACAUAUUGUGUUUGCAUCCAUGUUUGGUGGAUCUUCUCAUGUCAAUUGGGUAUUGUGUAUCUUGGAUGAAUUAAGCAAAAGAGGACACUCAGUUACAUUUGUUACGAGUAGUAUCCAAAGAAAGUUUGCUGAACCUUAUCCCCAUGUUCAUGUGAUGGUGAUUAAGGAAAUGAAGCAAUCAGGUAUGUCUACAAACAACUCGAAUUUCAUAGAUAUGGCUGGACAUAUCAUUGACUUUUCUACAAAGGAUUUUGGAGAUAACUAUAGAACCUAUCAAAAGAUAUUUACAGAUCUGAAUGCAAGUGUUGUCUUGUGUGAUUAUAUGAGUUCCAGUGGGUGUUAUGAAGCUGCUCUGGCUAUGAAAAUACCUUAUAUAGUUACCAUGGCAUUUGCCUUGUCUCCAGAUGCCUCUGCAUCCUACAUUAACAACAAUGCAUUCACCAUGCUUGACUCAACAACACUCCAUAUGAGUUUGAUAGAUCGAUUGAAAGAUAUGUUUAUUACCCCCAUUAAGAUCUACAGAAGAGUAUCGCCUGCUGUUCAAAGACUGAACAAGAGACGCAUGGAAGCAGGUUGUUCAGAAAGAGGCAUAGAAGGUGACUCUCAUGUACAUCGAAACAAUUUAAAGCUUGUGAACAGUCUGUAUGGCAUUGAAGCUGCACGUCCUUUAGGCCCUCUUGUUGAACUGGUGGGUCCUAUCCUGCCUCGUCAUUAUGAUCCAUUGACGCCUUCUUUGUCUGGGUUUCUAAACAAGUACUCGCGUGUGCUCUAUAUUGCAUUUGGACAGCAUUUAAUCCUAACUGAAAAAGACAAUCAAUUGAUCUUGACUGCUGUAUUGGCAUCCAUUGAAGCAGGUGCUUAUGAUGGGUUUAUAUGGGCAGUGGGUCAACAUCCUUCUGGUGCGUUACCAUUCGAUCAAGACAAGUGUCCUUUUGCCCAUAUUGUAACAUGGGCACCUCAACAAGCCAUUCUCAUGCACCCUUCUGUCUCUGUCUUUUUGACGCAUGGCGGUGCUGGUUCCAUGUACGAAGGAUUGUAUGCAGGAAAACGAUUGAUUGUGUAUCCCUUUUUUGGUGAUCAGUUCCCAAAUGCAUAUCAAGUCAAGCGUCAAGGUAUGGGUGAAUUUCUGCAGCGUAAAUCGGAUCAACAAGAAGCCAAGCAUACCUUGAUUCGCGUUGGUCUUGACCUGGAUGGUGCUUAUCAACGCAACCUCAAUCGAUACAAGGCACUCGUUCAAAUUCAUGCUCGUACAGGACCAAUACGAGGAGCUGAUUUAGUAGAAGAAGUGAUGUUUGCCUCUGUUGAUGGAUUACUGCCUUAUCGCUGUGAGCACAGUCGUUAUAUGUCUGUCUUGAAAGCGUAUAAUUUAGAUCUGUACCUUAUUUUAUUUUGUUUCUUAUUUUGCAUCUACAGACUCACAGCAAAAACAUUAGAAAUCUUUUCAUGAUUUUUUUUUUCUUUUGGAAUGCUUUCUAUCCUUGAACAAGUUUCCCCAAAGCAUAACACUGUAAAGUGUAAAAAGUAUAGGUUGUUUAUUUAACUAAUAUUUGAUGUAGUCACUAUUUGCAUAGUAUGAAUGUAAAGGAAAAUAGUGUAAUGCAAACAAACAAACAAACAAACAACCCACUCCUUAAUGAUUAUUGUAUUCUUUGUUAUUCCUUAAAACAAGAG